AUGACCGGGCCUCAGCAGACCCUCGGCAAGUUCUUCGAACGGCCCCCGGGCGCCAAAAAGUCGCCGCCGCAGCAGCAGCAGCUCAAGUCGGCGUUCAAAAAGGGCCAGGCCAAGUCAUCGGCCGAAGGGCCAACCGCCGGCCCGGGCGCCUCCAGCAGCCACAGCACCAGCAGCAGCGACAACGCUGCAGCCGCAGUCAAGGAAGAGGACGCAGCAGCAGCAAAAGAGGAGGCAGCGGCGAUGCCUCCGCAAGAAAAGGACGCCGAGCGACGGAAGAAGACGUCGACCAAGGAGGAGCCGGCGCGCAAGAAGCGUCGCAUCAUCGAGUCAGACGACGACUCGGAGGCGGAGCCCGAGGCAGCCACCAAGCCAGCCGUCAAGCAAGAAACAUCCAAGCCCAUCCCUCUGCCACCAUCGCCAAAGAAGGAGGACGUCAAGGAACACAAGGUGGCGUCAGUCUUCAACAAGCCCAAGCCGUCGACCAUGGCCAAUGGCGCCAAGGCUGCCGGCAAGGAGGCGAGCAAGCGGGACAGCCCGCCAGACGACGACCGCGGCGACGGCGACGACGGCAAUGAGAGCGAGAGCGAUGCGGAGGGCGCCGAGGACGAUUUUGAGGAGGACAAGGAGAUCGAGGAAGAGGAGAGCAAGAGCGCCAAGAAGCUUGCCGCCAUCUUCCAGAAGCCCUCGCAGGUCAAAGAGGGCAAGGUGACGUGGAAGGAGGGCGAGCCGGUGCCAUACGCUGCGCUCGUCGCCGCCUUUUCCGAGAUUCAGGCGACGACCAAGCGCCUCGAGAUCACCGAGAUCCUCACGCAGUUCCUCAUCCGCGUCAUCAAGCGGAGCCCGGACAACCUCCUGCAGGUCACGUACCUGUGCAUCAACCGCCUGUGCCCCGACUACGAGGGCCUGGAGCUGGGCAUCGGCGAGUCGCUGCUGAUCAAGGCCAUUGCCCAGAGCACGGGCCGGGAGGUGCCGCGCAUCAAAAAGGAUCUCGAGGCGCAGGGCGACCUGGGCCUGGUGGCGCUGAGCUCGCGCAAAAAGCAGCCGACCAUGUUCCAGGUGUCGUCGCUCAAGGUGCCCGCCGUGUUCAAGCAGCUGCGCGAGAUUGCCGCCGUGUCCGGCAACAAGAGCCAGGACCGCAAGAUUGGCAUCAUCAAGAAGCUGCUGGCGUCGUGCCAGGGCGAGGAGCCCAAGUUCCUCAUCCGCAGCCUCGAGGGCAAGCUGCGCAUCGGCCUGGCGGAGCGCUCGGUGCUCGUGUCGCUGGCGCGCGCCGUCGUCAUCAGCCGGCUCGGCAAGCGCGUCGAGCGCAUGUCGCAGGAGGAGCUGGCCCGCAAGCUCGAGGAGGGCACCGAGCUCGUCAAGGCCGUGUACAGCGAGCUGCCGUCGUACGACCUCGUCGUGCCGGCGCUGCUGGCCAGCGGCACCGAGGGGCUGCGCGACGCGUGCAAGCUGACGCCCGGCGUCCCGCUCAAGCCGAUGCUGGCCAAGCCGACCAAGGCCAUCACCGAGGUGCUCGACCGCUUCGAGGGCAAGGCGUUCACGUGCGAGUACAAGUACGACGGCGAGCGCGCCCAGGUCCACUACCUCGACGACGGCCGGCUGCUCGUCUUCAGCCGCAACUCGGAAAACAUGAGCGUCAAGUACCCGGACCUCGUCGAGCAAAUCCCGCGCUGCCUUGAGCCCAGCGUCAAGUCGUUUGUCCUCGACGCCGAGGCGGCCGCCUGGCGCAAGGCCGAGGUCGACCCGCAGACGGGCAAGGCCGAGCCGGCGCGGCUGCUGCCGUUCCAGGAGCUGAGCCGGCGCAAGCGCAAAGACGUCAAGGCCGAGGACAUCAAGGUCAAGGUCAAGCUGUUUGGCUUCGACCUCCUCUACCUCAACGGCCAGCCGCUGCUCGGCAUGUCGCUGGCGGAGCGCCGCAAGCUGCUGCGCCAGCACUUUAAGCCCGUCGAGGACGAGUUUGACUUUGCGCGCAGCGAGGACUGCACCUCGGUCGAGGAGAUCUCAACGUUCCUCGAGAACAGCGUCAAGGAGGGCUGCGAGGGCCUCAUGGUCAAGAUGCUCGACGGGCCCGACUCGACCUACGAACCAAGCCGGCGAAGCAUGAACUGGCUCAAGCUCAAAAAGGACUACCUGUCCGGCACCGGCGACAGCCUCGACCUCGUCGUCAUCGGCGGCUACUACGGCAAAGGCAAGCGCACCAACGUCUACGGAGCCUUCCUGCUGGCAUGCUACGAUGCCGACUCGGAGUCGUACCAGUCGAUCUGCAAGAUCGGCACCGGCUUCACCGAAGCCGACCUCGACGCGCACUACACCACGCUCAAGGCGCUCGAGAUCACGUCCAAGAAGGGCUACUACGACGUCGGCGACGCCAAGCCGGACGUCUACUUUGACGCCAAGGUCGUGUGGGAGGUGCUGACGGCCGACCUGUCGCUGAGUCCGGUCUACACGGCCGCCAAGGGCCUCGUCGACCAUCGAGGCAUCUCGCUGCGCUUUCCUCGGUUCAUUCGCAUCCGCGAUGACAAGGGCCCAGAGGACGCUACUGGUCCUGAGCAGAUCGAGGCCAUGUACCGCGCUCAGGCCGUCAACAGCAGCAAGGCCAAGGGCGGCGACGACGACGACGGCUUCUGGUAG